AUGGCUACCGCUCUCGCUGCAUCACUUCCGGCACCGAUUCAUGCGCCCGCCGACUCCGAUAUUGAGGAAGACUAUGUUCAGCCUUCUUCAGCUCCAACUCAGACUAUCACCUUCCGCUCUAUCGUCCCGGCCUAUGGUCAACGACAAGGGUGGAAGCCUUCAUCGCAAGAAGACUAUGGGGAUGGCGGUGCGUUCCCCGAGUGCCAUGUAGCACAAUAUCCCUUAGAAAUGGGUCGGAAGAAGGCCUCCUCUGGUAAUACACUCGCUUUGCAAGUCGACAGCGAAGGCAAUGUUCGCUACGAUGCCAUUGCACGGCAGGGCCAGCGGGCAGACAAAGUCAUUCAAUCGCAAUUCAAAGACCUCGUCCCCCUCGCACAUCGCAAAGACCUCACUGACGAACAGCGUGCGAUGGAGCGGCCCUCAGAAGAUGACGUACAGGCGACGACGGACAAGACGCGUGCCGCGCUCGAGAAGCUAGUGAAUGGAAAGAUCAAGGCGGCACAGCCGAAGAAUGUACCAGACAGCCAGGGGAAGACCGCAUUCAUCCGCUAUACUCCAGGGCAACAAAAUGGCGCCGGGCUGAAGCAACGAAUUAUCAAGAUGACUGAGGUUGUUGAGGACCCGCUUGAGCCACCACGGUUCAAGCACAAGAAGAUCCCGCGUGGACCGCCUAGUCCCCCGCCACCUGUACUGCGUAGUCCACCGAGGAAGGCUACAGCGCAGGAACAGAAGGAGUGGAUGAUCCCGCCAUGCAUCUCCAACUGGAAAAACAACAAGGGUUUUACCAUCCCGUUGGACAAACGUUUGGCAGCGGAUGGUCGAGGGUUGCAAGAUGUACAUAUCAAUGAUAAAUUCGCGAAACUUUCAGAGUCGCUGUUCGUCGCCGACCGACACUCGCGCGAGGAAGUCCGGCAGCGUGCCCUCAUGCAACAAAAACUUGCGCAAAAGGAGAAGGCCUCGAAAGAGGAAACCUUGCGUCUGCUGGCUCAGCGUGCUCGCGAGGAGCGGGCAGGUGUUGCACCCUCACGACCAACAGUUGAAGGUCAAGCUGCAAUGAAGACCACGCUUGCGGCCUACGGAAGUGAUAGCGAGAGCGGGUCGGAAGCAGAUGCGGACAAGGAUGAGGAGGGUGCAGCAAAGGUCCGGGACGAGAUGCGUGCAGAGAAACGGCGCGAACGCGAGCGGGAGAUGCGGAUGAACAACAUGGGCACAGAGCAGCGCGCAAAGAUGCUUGCGCGGCAACAGAACCGCGACAUCUCGGAGAAGAUCGCGCUCGGGCUGGCGAAGCCGACGAUGUCGAAGGAGUCCAUGCUGGACUCGCGGCUGUUCAAUCAGGAAUCGUUCUCAGCGUCGUUUGCGGACGACGAGUCGUAUGGCUUAUACGAUCGGCCGCUGUUCCAUGGAUCGUCCGCCGCAGCUGCGAUCUACAAGGCUCGCGGGAAUAUAACGGAAGGGAACGAGGAGAGUUAUGGUGGUGGUACUGAGGAGGGGAUCGGGAGAGCGCUCGACAAUGAUCGGUUUGGACUGGGUCAGGCGAAAGUCGGGUUUGAGGGUGCGGCUGACCAGGAGGUACGGGAGGGGCCAGUACAGUUUGAGAAGGAUACUUCGGAUGUGUUCGGUGUGGACAAGUUCUUGGAUGAGGCCAAGAGCGGGAGGAAGCGAGGACUGGACAGCGAAGCGGGUGGCGCGCGGAAACGGCAUCAGCUCGAGCGAGCGGCGGAUCGAGAGUAAGCUGGGCGCUGUUGUCUUGACUGUCGUUUCCAUUUCUCUCUGUGAUAUGGUCGGUAUUGUAUGUAUGGUAUCGCGUUUGCUCUAUUAUCAGGAAACUGAAAAUCC